AGUACUCUCCCUCUUUCUCUCCUCUCUCUCCCUCUAUCUCUCUCUCCACAGAGAAAACCAACAGUAGCAGUAAAUUGCUCGAGUUCUUGAUGAGAAAGCGAUAGAUCAAUUAAUAUAAUGUUUUUAAUCAUUUGAGAGAAGCGAUAAACCUGGGGGGCGUUUGCAGAAAUUUCCUUAAUUUCGUCAUCACCAUCAUUACUCUCUCAUCCGCUCCCAAAUCUGCUCCUUACAAAAAUAUAUAACACAUCUUGGAGUCUAGAAAUUAAUGAGCUAGGGAGAAGAAGAGAAAAAAGAAGUCGGUAUGUGUUUGUGAUGUGGAGGACCUGGAGGUAGAAGUAAUGGCUGGAAUGUUCAAUCUAGGAGGGAGAGAUAACAACAAACAAGAUCAUCUUCAUCAUCAUAUGGACAAGGAUCAUAAUGAAGAUAAGAGCAGCAAUCAUCUUUAUCUAUACAAAGAAGAGAUCUACAACAACAACAAUAGGGGUUUUGAGAUUUGGCCAUCUCAAUAUUUUCAACAACAACAACAAAACCACGUGGCUCCUCCUACAAAUUUCCUCUCUUUUGGUAUGGUCCCAAGUGGUGGCAGUAAUAAUAACGACCGGAGUAGUAACCGGAGUUUGUAUUUCAACGUAGUCUCCGACCAUGAGCGGAUUAGAUCCUCUCCCGGAAGGUUUACGGUAACAAGGCAAGGAAACAUGAAUUGCCAAGACUGUGGGAAUCAAGCCAAGAAAGAUUGUCCUCAUAUGAGAUGUCGUACUUGUUGUAAGAGCCGAGGGUUUGAUUGCCAAACCCACGUGAAGAGCACAUGGGUCCCGGCUGCUAAACGUCGUGAGAGACGGGCUCAGUUAGCUGCUUUGCCAUCUAAGCGGAGUAGAGAGCCUAGCUCCGGCGGUGGUGGUGGUGAUGAUGAUGAUUAUGAUGAUGAUAGAGAUGAUGAUGAAAAUGGAGGUCAAGGCGGUGGUGGUGGAUCGGCUCUUGCAUGCAUCCGUGUAGUUAACGCUAGCUCUUCAGGGUUAGAAAGUAAUCACUUACCACCCGAGAUAAGUUCACCGGCUGUAUUUCGGUGUAUAAGAGUCAGCUCGAUCGACGAUGACGACGAAGAGUAUGCAUAUCAAACGGUUGUGGACAUCGGAGGACACGUGUUCAAAGGCAUUCUCUACGACCAAGGUCCAUCAGAUCACCCCUACAGCUCAAGCCCUACGGCCGCAGAAGCCUGUCAACGCCAUAUUAACCUCUUGGCCUCAACCGCUUUAGCCAGCACUUCAACUACAGCGACAAAUAAUACUAAAGCUUCGAUUGAUCCUUCAUCGCUUUACACACCGACGGCGGCUCCCUUCAGCACUUGUAUCACCACCGGUACCCCCUUCUUUCCACCUCCUAGGUCUUGAGACUGAAAUAUUAAAUAUUUUAAAACGUUUUUGAUAACUCUUAUAAUUAUUCGAGUACUACGAGUAAGAAAAAAAUGAUUAUUUUGAGGUUUUUGUUGUUGUCGGACAAUAUGGUAACUUUCCGU